CAUGAUGCCCGGUCCCCGCCUACUCCUCCAGUCACAGUCCGCUGUGUGGCGAGGCCGGAGCUAAGGCAGAGAUUGUGCCCGGCGGACGGGCUGGACGGAACGCCGGGAGGGAUGCGGGACGCUAUGGCGGCGGCGGUCACCGGGCUGCAGCGGCUCGCCCACUCCCUGCAGGACCCGGAGAAAGUGGCCGCUUUCCAGAGGCUGUGCGGGGUACGGAGGCCGCUGGAGGGAGAGGAGAAGAAGACGGACUGUCACCCCAAUGGGGUGGGGAACGGGACUGCCACCCAGCGGCGGGGCAAGACGCACCAGGCGCAGCGGCGGAACUCCCUGACCGGGGAAGAGGGUGAGCCGUUCGUCAUCCGGAACUGGCUCCUCUAUUACCUCUUCACCUUCGGGACCGAGCUGGGCAACGAGCUCUUCUGCAUCUCCUUCUUCCCGUUCUGGAUCUGGAAUGUUGACCCGUAUGUGGGCCGGAGGGUGAUCAUCGUGUGGGUGUGGGUCAUGUACCUGGGCCAGUGUACCAAGGAUGUCAUCCGCCUGCCCAGACCGCUCUCCCCGCCCGUCAUCAAGAUGGAGGUCUUCUACAACUCCGAGUACGGCAUGCCCUCCACACAUGCCAUGUCCGGUACCGCCAUCCCCCUCAGCCUCGUCCUACUCAGCCUCGGACGGUGGCAGUAUCCAUUUUUCUAUGGACUGCUGCUUGCUGUUAUCUGGUGUUGCUUGGUGUGCCUUAGUCGUGUUUAUAUGGGAAUGCAUUCCAUUUUGGAUGUUGUAGUUGGCGUCCUUUAUGCAAUUAUCGUUUUAAUAGUCUUCCUACCUGCUCUGGACCUUAUUGACAAUUUCAACCUUACUUAUGAGUAUUCCCCCCUCAUCAUCAUCAGCCUACACCUUGCCCUUGGUAUCUUCUCCUUUACACUUGACACGUGGAGCACCUCCCGGGGAGACACGGCGCAGCUUCUCGGCAGCGGAGCUGGAGUCGCUUGCGGUUCCCAUGUCCGUUACAUGAUGGGCCUCAUGCCAGAACCUUUGCCUUCUAUGCUGCCUUUUACUAUUCCAGCUAUCACUGUGAACCUGCUUGGAAUGGCCUUGUUACGGGUCUUUGUUGGAUUAGUCAUAUUGUUGCCAAUCAGAGCGGUCAUGAAGAUGGUCACCCUCCCGUUGGCUUGCAAAGUUUUUGGCAUUCCUUGUGAUGAUAUUCGAAAGGCAAGGCAAAGCAUGCAGGUGGAACUCCCAUACAGAUACAUUACUUAUGGGGUGGUUGGAUUUUCAGUCAUGUUCUUUGUCCCUUACAUGUUUACGUUUAUUGGGCUCCAAUGAUGGUAGAUUCCUUCUAGCACAGGCCACAUCAAUGGAAUCCUUGAAAAAAGGGUUAAGUUGCUCUGAGAUAACCUGCUUCCCCCCCUUAUGACUUUUUUAUGGGGGAAAACUCAAAUGCUUUUUAAUAAUCCUUACUCAUGUUCUCAGAACCAUCGCUGGGCAGGUAUCUAUAUAAUCGGGCCAAUCACAGCUGACGGUCCAUUCAUUUUCAUUCUAAUUGCAGCUAACAAGAAGCUUAAUGUAUACUUGUAUUUUUUAGUUUUUAACUUUUGAAAGCAUUUUUUUUCAAUUCAGGUACUGCAUUAAACUGCUUAAUAAUUGUGCCUUUUUUUUUGCUAAAAUCACAAGCACCAUGUAUACUGUGAUGUAAAGAUUAACAUCCAGAACCUAGUGUGAUCCAGAAAAAUAUUUUUGCACGCCAGUGGCAUUGGCAGUUUUAAUUGUCAUUUUAAAAAGGCAGAAAAGAUCUUUGUGUUUUAUCUUGAGAGAUAAAAUCCAUUUAGCCAUGUUUUAUUGUAAUAGUAUGUGUGUUAAUGUUUGUACUUUAAAAUUGCUUACCACU